AUUAAAUUUAAAUAAAAUAUUUUAAUUAAUUUUAUACAUAAAAGAUGGAUAUUUCAGAAGAUUUAUUAAUAUGUAUCCAUGAUUUUUUAUUAAAACAUAAAUUUGUAAAAACAGCUAAAAUUUUUGCAAAAGAAAUAGAUAAAAUGGAGUUUUUUUUAAAGGAAAAAGAAGAGAUAUCAUUAAUUGAAAUGUAUAAAUACUAUAUUGAAAAUAUUGGUUCAAAAGAAUCUAUCAAUGUUGAAAAAAAUAAUCAAGUUUCUAUAAUAGAAAAGUCAGAAAAAAAAAAGAAAAAAAAAUCAAUAAAAGAUACACAAACAGAAAAAGAAAUGAAGGUUAAAAAACGAAAAAAAAAGGAUUCUGAUCAAGAAAUAUCUAUUAAAUCUAAGAAAUAUAAAGAGGAAACAGAAAAAAAUGUAGAAAAUAAGGAUCAAGACCGACAAUUAGAUGGAAUUUCUGUAAAUGAUACCUUGGACAUUUCUAAUGGUGUAGAAAAUACUCAAUCUAAUGACAAAGCAGAAACAUCUAAUUUAAAUUUUGAGAUAAAUAAUAAGAAGAAUUCUGAAAAAUCUAUUAAUACGGAAAAAGAACAGAAAAAAAAUCCAUCUUUUUCAAGAAUUGAUAAAUCAAAGAUUGAAUUUGCUCAUGAAUCUCUUAAAGAUAAUAGUUAUUUUGGAACUUAUCAAGAAGAAUGGAACGAAUAUGGAAGAAAGGCGAAUAUGGAUUUAAUAGUUACCAGAGGAAAGGAGUUUAGAGCAAAAAAAAGUAAAAAAAAGAGGGGAAGUUAUCAUGGAGGUAAAAUUGAUUCUAAUGUUUCUCGAAGUUUUAAAUUCACAUAAUUAAAUUUCUAUAUUUAAAAUGUAGUUUUGUAUACUAUAUAAAAAU